ACCACAUUCCAUCAUCCAAACUUCACACACAUAGACCACAAGCAUCAAAAGCAAGCAAGCAGUAGUAACCACAAAUCCAACAUGAAGACCUUCCUCAUCUUUGUCCUCCUUGCCAUGGCGAUGAACAUCGCCACUGCCGCUAGGCAGCUAAACCCUAGCAACAAAGAAUUACAAUCACCUCAACAAUCAUUUUCCCAUCAACAACAACCAUUUCUACAGGAGCCAUAUCCACAACAACCAUAUCCAUCACAGCAACCAUAUCCAUCGCAACAACCAUUUCCCACACCCCAACAACAAUUUUCCCAGCAAUCACAACAACCAUUUCCCCAGACCCAACAAUCGUUCCCUCUGCAACCACAACAGCCAUUCCCCCAGCAACCCCAACAACCAUUUCCCCAGCCCCAACUACCAUUCCCCCUGCAACCACAACAAAAAAUUCCCCAGCAACCCCAACAACCAUUCCCCCUGCAACCGCAACAACCAUUCCCCCAGCAACCCCAACAACCAUUUCCCCAGCCCCAACAACCAAUCUCCGUGCAACCACAACAACCAUUCCCCCAGCAAUCCCAACAAUCACAACAACCUUUUCCCCAGCCCCAACAAUUAUUUCUUGAACUCCAACAACCAAUUCACCAGCAACCGCAACAACCAUUCCCCCAACAACCGCAACAACCAUUUCCCCAGCAACCGCAACAACCAUUCCCCCAACAACCACAACAACCAUUCCCCCUACAACCACAACAACCAUUCCCCCAACAACCACAACAAUCAUUCCUCCUAGGACCGCAACAACCAUUUCCCCAGCAACCCCAACAAUCACAACAAUCAUUUCCCCAGCCCCAACCCCAGCAACCCCAACAACCAUCCAUCAUGCAACCACAACAACCAUUACCCCAACGACCACAACAACCAUUUCUACUGCCCCAACAACAAUUAUCCCAGCAACCAGAACAAACAAUUUCCCAGCAACCCCAGCAACCACACCAACCUCAACAACCAUAUCCACAACAACAACAACCAUAUGGGACUAGUCUUACAAGCAUCGGUGGCCAAUGAAAUGAAGACCUGCAAUACAAGACGGAUGGAUCAUCGUUGUUUAGUCAAUGAGCGUUCAAUGUAACGAUGAUAAAUAAAGUGAUGUGAACCAUAAUGUGUAACCCCGACCUAUACUAGUUCAAACAUGGGAAUAAAAGACAAAGAAAGUUCUUGUCACAAA